AUGGAGGAGGAGGCGUCUGCGACGGCGGCGGCGGCGGAGAAGACGACGUCGUACAGGUACUGGGUGCGGGAGGCGACGGGCGACGCCGCCCCGCUGCCCGCGCCACGCAAGCUGGACGCCGCCGACCUCGCGGCCAACCCCGCGCCCGCCACUCUCGGCUCCGUCUGGAACCAGUACGGAAAGCUUCAUGGAAGCCUUCAGCUUUUGCUCUUCGUGACUAACUCCCAUUUAACCACGAAGCUGACACCAAAGAUGAUUGCAUUGGAAUUAUCGAAAUGCACAGAACACCUCGGGCUAGCACUUUGGGAGGAAAAGAAUGUGAAUUCAUGGGCCAAUAGUAGGAUAAAGGAUUUGCUGGGGUCUUUAGAUCCUUUGGAGUUAUCUACUAGCAAGGCAUCUGUUUAUGAAGUAUCCAGAUGCUCAGGCGACGCGUUCUUAGUCAUUGUCCGCAAUAAGAAGAGAGUAGGCUAUACUUAUGAAUUGAGCUUGAAAUUUAAAGGUGAAUGGUUAAUUAAGGAAGAAAACAAGAAGGUCAAAGGUCAUCUAGAGAUUCCUGAAUUUUCAUUUGGCGAGCUUGAAGACUUGGAGGUAAACGUAACAUUAAGCGAUGCCAAGGAUCUGUCCUCGGAUGACAAAGCUCAAAUCUGCAAGGAUAUGAAGUCCUUCCUUUCACCUAUCCAGGAGAAGCUGCGCGAGUUUGAAAAGGAGCUGAAAGAUAGGUAG